AUGAGAGUACUUCGAGGUAAUCUCAAUAGGAGCAGGACGGCGCACCACUUCCUAACCCAGCUCUGUUCUGAGAAAAAAGCUGAUAUAAUUUUAAUCAGCGAACAGUACCGGGACAGAGCAGGAAUAGGAUGGUACGCAGACGAAUUGGGUACCGCGGCCAUCUGGAUCCCAGAUCCCCGACAAAUUCAUGUGUCGCAUCAAGGAUCCGGACGCGGUUACGUUUGGGUGAGACAUAAAUCGGCGACAUAUGUGAGCGUAUACCUCACCAGGAACGACCGGAUAGACGACUUCCAGACUAAAUUAGACGAUCUAAAAGUCGCACUGAGGGAAAGGCAAGGGGAUCUCAUCGUGGCAGGUGACCUCAACGCCAAAGCACUCGAAUUGGAGGAGCCCAGGCCGGACUCCAGAAGAGGACGAAUCAUGGAGUUGGUGUCGACACUACAGCUACCAGUACUCAACACAGACUUGACAUCAACCUUCGAUAGGCCUGGCUACAGAGAAACAAUUCCGGACGUCUCUCUAGCCAAUGAACAACUGGUGGCAAGAGUCGCAGGCUGGCAGGUAAUUGAGGAUUAUACCGGGAGCGACCAUCAGUACAUCCUCUUCGAUGUACACGAUAGGAGGCCAGCCGUGACAACUCCAGUAAGACCCCCCCGGUGGAUCAUUGCAAAAAUGGAUCGAGAGAGGCUGUCUUCAGUCUUAAAUGAAGGUUGGAGAUUCCUUCAAAUUGCUUCCGCGAGUCUAUCGAGACAUGCGCAAUCCAGGAUGAUUACUGCAGCAACUAUGCAGCUCAUCCAAAAGGCAUGCACGAUAGCGGUGCCAAAGACGAAAAAAAUGGCAAAGUCGUCCUGCAACUGGUGGACGAACGAGAUCGCAGAUCUACGUAAGAAGUGCUUAAGUCUCCGCCGUGUAGCACAACGAGCAAAGAGACGCGACCUCGACGCUGCUCCCUUGGCUGCAGAGUAUCAGGCGGCCAAAAAAAGUUCACUAGAGGUCCAUCAAGGCAAGGCAACGUCGGUGCUGGAAGGAGCUGUACUUGGAAAUCGAUCAAAAUUCGUGAGGAUUAUGGUAUCAGAUCGUCACAACCGAAGAGAGAGAUUAGCACGGCAGCGCCUGGCAUAA